AUGGAGGAGGACUCGGGCUCGGGCUCGAAAGGGCCGGGGUUUGAACCCUCAUUUGAGCCCAAGCAACCAUUCCCUCCGUUACUAGAUGAGCUGGUCUCGCCCACAGAUACCCAAGAAGCCUUCCCAGAAGAUGAAAGCGUCACCUCUCCAGGAUACGAUCAAGUGGAGGUAGAGGAUGACGCCGAUUUCCAGUCUCAUUAUUCGUUGGACCCAUCAUUAUCCGACACAGAAUCCGAAGACUCCUCAGACGAAAUUGGCCGACAUCACCCUUUUCGACAGUCGUCAAGCUCCCUCCACGGUCCCAAUGCCUUCGCGCCCCCCUUUUACAAUCGACCACCCACGCCACUACCACCUUCGCCCUCGUUAACCUCCCUUCUUCGACCGCCUUUUUCUACCACAACUUCGCGUCCGACGACACCAGACAGCUCCGAUGUGGAGACACCUAAUGACACGGAGGCUGCCGUAGCCAAAUCGGCCCGUCGAGCAACCACUGUCCCUCGCGCCAGCCCGAAAGUGCCGACCUAUGAAUAUUAUGGAUUUGUUCUCUACUUAGCCUCGUCGCUGGCUUUCUUGAUCUAUGUUCUUUGGUCAUACCUCCCAUCGCCGUUCCUCCACCAGCUCGGAAUAUACUACUACCCCAAUCGAUGGUGGUCUCUCGCAAUCCCCUCAUGGCUAGUGAUGUCCAUCGUAUACAUCUACAUCGCUCUCGCCUCAUACAAUACAGGCUAUCUUACAUUGCCCAUGAACAGCAUUGAGAACAUUGUCGACGAAGUUGCGAACGUCUCUGUGAUUGACGGCAAAGCGCGACGAAGACCUGGAGGUGCAACGAAGAUGAAACCUGGUGCAACCUCCUAUCAGAUCAUGGGGCCUCAAAAUCGCAAGGUCAAUUGGCCAGAGAUAUGGAGUGAGGGGACGGACGCGGUUAUGGAUAUUCCGGUUGGUGGAGUUUGUGAAGUUUUAUACGGACAAGAACGGGAUGAGGACGGGUCAUUUGUGAGCGACACAUAG